GAAAAUGGAAGGCCUUUUACAUGAUGAGAAUCUGUUCAGCCCCCUUCCAAAGCACGGACCAUUAGCACCCUAUCGCCGUGCGGCCACGAUCGACUGGCGCAAGAUGCGCCUUACCUUUACCGAUCAGCACGAGCUGGAGCUGCAGCACCGGCUGUAUCGCUUGUUUCGCACCAGCGAACCCUUCAUACGGGGCCGCACCGUUCGCGACCAAUCGACGGACGAGCGACGCCGUUUAGCCAUGGUGCAGCUCCACCACCUCCAGCGCGCACGUCUAUUCCACUACGAAACGUUCAUCGAGCGGCCCGCUCUUGCGUCCAUCUAUUACGCAACGAUCGCCGAGUACGACAUGGCGCUGCUGGUGCGCCUUACCGUCAACUAUCUCUUCUUUACCGGCGCCAUACGCAUGUUCGACGAGCCUAGCGGACGGCUAGCACACGUGAUCGAGCAGGCGGAAGCCGGCCACAUUGCCGGUUCGUUCGCGCUGACCGAGGUAGGCCACGGGACGAACGCACGGGCCAUACGAACGCGCGCGACCUACGACCCGGCGCACCGGGAGUUCGUGCUCGAGACGCCCGAUUUCGAAGCCGCCAAGUGCUGGGCGGGCAAUUUAGCAAAAAGCUGCACGGACAUGAUCGUGUGGGCCCAGCUGUACACGGCGGAUGGCGCGUGCCACGGGGUCAGUGCGUUUGUGGUGCCGAUCCGCGACCGCUACACGCUGCAACCGCUGCCCGGUCUGUUGGUGGGCGAUCUGGGUGAGAAAGCGGGCCUGAACGGGGUCGACAAUGGGUUUGUGCUGUUCCGGGGGUAUCGCAUUCCGCGCGAAAAUCUGCUAGCGCGGUUCGGUGAUGUGAAUGAGGCGACGGGUAGGUUUGAGUCGACCGCUAAGAGCGCCACCGAACGGUUCGCCCUUUCGAUGGGUCCGCUCGUGAUUGGGCGGAUUAACAUCUGUACCGUGUCGCAGACGCUGCUUGCCAAGGCGCUCACGAUCGGCAUACGCUACUCGGCCGUGCGGUGUCAGUUCGGGCCGACCGGCGACGACCGGGAGCUACCGAUACUGGAGUACCAAUCGCAGCAGUACCGGCUGCUGCCCCAUCUGGCCACCUGCGUGGCGCUGAAGCUGUUCCAUCGCUGGUUCGCACGCGCGUCGGGCGAUGCGCAGGUGCGCAUGCUGCGAGCCGCACCGAUCGAGAGCGAGCUGCUGCUCGAGGUGCACAUUGUUGCGUCCGCCGUCAAGCCGAUCUGCAGCUGGGCGGCCCGGGACGGCAUACAGGAUGCGCGGGAAGCGUGUGGUGGCCACGGGUACCUUCGGCUGGCCGGGCUGGCCGACUUGCGGGUAGACAACGACGCAAACAUCACGUACGAGGGCGAAAACAAUGUGCUGCUGCAGCAGGUCUCGCAGCAGCUGGUCGCCAUACGCAGCAAGGGCGAGUACGGUGCGUUCGCGCUGAUGUCUCCGCUUGGUUCGAUGACGUUUUUGGCUGAGUACGAGCAGAUAAUGCAGCAGCGACACGAGCGCAUUACGGUGGAGCAGAUUGAGGAUCCGAAAGUUAUACUGAACGCACUGAGUUGGUUGACGGCCUACACACUAGAACGCACCUACCGACGAGCGGAGGGACUACUUAAGCGGGGCGACAGCAAAUUCGACGUCCGCAACGAUACGCAGAUUUUCUACGCUAAAGAUCUUGCCAUCGUUUUUGGAGAGCGCAUAAUAUUCAACGCAUUCUGUACCUUCCUCGACACGAUGGAACAAGGACCGGAACGAACCUAUCUCACGCGUUUGGCCCAACUGUACGGCGCGACACUGUUACUAAAGCAUAUGGCCACCCUUCAAAGUGCUGGCUACCUCACGGUCGACGCUUUACCAUUGGUCCAGGAAUCGAUACUACGCCUGCUGCCCAUCGUUAAGCAGGACGCGGUGGCCAUGAUCGAUUCGCUGGCACCGCCAGACUUUGUGCUCAAUUCACCGCUCGGUGCUGCCGACGGGAACGUUUACGCACGCAUGGAGUCGGAGCUAAUGGCGGGCCAGGAUGUGACCGGGCGUGCCAACUGGUGGCACGAAAUAUUAACACCCACUUCGGCAAAGCUGUAAAGCGAAUACAAUUCGAUGGAAACAUGUGGGAAUAUGACGGAAAGUACAUCCAAAGCAACAGUUUUCAUAGAAGGAACAAGAUAAAGACAAUCGCGCUGUUUUUCAUA